UGUGAGACCCAGGCUCCUUUGCAGAAAGGUGAAAGUGUGCAAGUCCCAGUUACGGCGGCAGGACGCUGGCCUCAAGACUCACCUGGAUCAGCUGGACCUGCAGAUAAGCGAGCUGCAGCUGGGCAUGUGCAGGGCCUCAGGUGAGGGCCCAGACAGCGACAGCAGGCCCAGCUCAGGAUUCUAUGAGCUGAGUGAUGCGGGUUCCUGCUCCCUGUCCACCUCCUGUGCCUCCGUAUGCAGUGACCGCCUCUCCCCAUCCCUGAGUAGUCUGCUGCCUGCCUCCUGUCUCUCCAAGUCCAGGCCCAGCAUGGGCAACUGGCGGCCCCAGUCUGCUGAUGAGAGCACCAUACCGGCGUGGAGACCCCAGCCUGCUGAGGAAAGCGGCAGGUUCCUGGACCGUGCAGCAGGCGCGAGCAGGGCCCAGGGAGUGUUUCGGCCCAGGCCAGUGUCCACAGGUGACCUUGAGAAGGUCCUUCCAGUGGACAUGGGGAUCCAGAGUCCGGGUGCAGAUGCCACGCCCACUUCCUUCCCCCGCCAGGGAACAGACACUCCGGCCCACGUGCUGGACCCCACAUACCAGUGUGACCUUGUGUCCAGGGGGGGCUGGGAAGUGUACCCUUACCCCAGCCCACUGCAUGCCGUGGCCCUGCAGAGCCCCCUGUUCACUCCAGCCAAGGAGACCCCUUGGCUCCACAGUCGCUCACCCCCCAGGAAGCCUCUUUUGGUCCCCAGGGAUCAGCGAACAUCCCUGACGGUGUCAGUCUGCGAAAUGGGCCAAGCUGGAGCCUGCAUUGACAGGCUGCUGCGUUUGCGGGGCUUAGGGGCCUCCCCAAGGGAUGUCUUGGGGGAACAGGGACCCCUAAGACAUGAAGCAUCUUCCUUCCCACAGAAGCCAGGUGACCAGAAACAGGGCAGUGGAGGCCAGCCAGAGAAGCUGGUCUGUGCCCCGGGGAGAGGGAACAUGGGAGUGACGGCUCAGAGACUGGCUGUGCAGGGUGACGGCCUCAGGCAGCAGGGACUCACACCCCUCAGGGACACCCCAUCCCCCAGCACCCCCCCAGAGGGAGGCCUCACACCCUGGAAUCCCUGUACCAAUGGAGAGAUAGCUGUGGGUCCUGCUUCCCUGCCCCAUGCCCGGCAACCCCAUAAGGACUACAGCCUGGCUGCCCCCCGGAGGCUGGGAUGCGAGAGCCCCCCAAAAGCCAUCGGGUACUCUGUCCAUCUGCCCCGUACUGCUGAAGCCUCCCCAUCCAGGCUGAGGACAGCGCCCCCUAAGACCAAAGCUGUGAAGAUCAGGAGGAGGGCCAGUGACAAGGUGCCCAGGUCUGGAAGGCAGCCACUACCUCUCCCCGAGAGUUCCCAGGGUAUCCAUGUGGCCCCCCGGCCACUCCCAGAGUGGGAUCAGUUGCACAGGCCUCAAGGGCUCGGACCCCAGAGGAGGCCCUCCUUGGCCGGGGAGUCCCCUGGACGGUCCUGCUCAGAGUCCACCCUCUACCCCAUGCCCUUCCUCAUCCCCCUGGGGGUGGCCCGGCAGAACAGUCACCAGGUGUUAUCCCAGGUACUGUUGCCCCCUGAAGUGGCCCCGCUCCGCUCAGCCUCCAGGAAGAAGCAGCGCCCCUGGAAGUCCAGCAUGGAGAUCUCGGGCAAGCCCAGCCUGGCCAGCUGUGCCGAGCCUCCCCAAAGCACAACUAGGAAGGCAGGGGGCCCACAGGCCCAGGACAGGCCGUGGCUGGUCCAUCAGGAGGCCAGGAGUGAGUCCGACCUCUCCCAGCACUCUGCGGAGUGCACUUCGCUCUUCCACUCCACCAUUGCCGAGACCAGCGAGGACAAGGCCAGCGACCACACUGCCAACUGCUUCGGAGACCAGGAGUCCAGCGGCAGUGACUCAGAAGGUGGCAUCCAGGGCAGGGGCGGUGGCCUGGAGCCAGACCAGGUGGUGCCCAGGCAGGGAGAGCAGGCCUGUCCUCUAGCAGCCCCCCAGCAGCCCCCACGGCCCCCAGCAGGCACCAGGCCACCUCUGCCCCCUGCGCCCAGACUAUGCCGCAUCAAGGCCUCCAGGGCUCUGAAGAAGAAAAUCCGCAGGUUCCAGCCAGCAGCGCUGAAGGUCAUGACCAUGGUGUGAGUGCCUGCUGGCUCUCGGGCAGCAGGUGCGGGGUCUGCCCUGCCAGUGUGACUCGCCAGCUUGCUUUAGCCUCUGAGGCUGCCUGUCACAGUCCCCUCGAUGGCUCUGGCCCUGGGAUGUGGUGGGAAGUUGCAUGGGAGAUUUUUCCCUCCCCAGAAGAGAUGUGCAGAGGUCUUUGACCUUUUGGAUUGGGUAAUCCACCCACCCAGCAGCAAGCUUCCACUUCAGCUGGGGGUGACAGUGGGGGUAGGUUUAGGGGGGCAUUUUGUUUCCUGGUAUUGUUAAGCCAUUUCUCCCCAAAGCAUUGUCUUAGUGAAAUCACUGGCUGCUGGAAACUGGAUUGAAUUUGAACUCCAUGUUAAGUUCUCUGUAAAUAAACACCA